AUAUUACCAAUAUAGCAUCAAAGAGUCACGCACGUAGAUACCUCGUAUAGUUUCGUUCCAUUUUAAAGAUAAGAUCGAGGCACGAUUUUCACUCUGACAUAAAGUCUUUAUCGUGUAGGUUUAGAAUAUGUCGGCGGGCAGAAUUAAAGGAAUUUUUAGAUGGGUAUUUUUUCUUUGGCUACUUAUUCAUCUUGCGAAGGCGUCGGAAUGUUUCUGCUCUCUUGGUGAUUCCUCAACUCCUGCGCAAAGUCGACCAAAUGCAGCAUCAGAAAUUGUCGGAUUUAUGAAAUCCAAAACGUGUUUCAAUGGUAUUUCCCAACCUGGCAUGGAAUGGAUAAAAGUCGACAAGACUGAAAUAUUUAUUCGCAAACAUUCGCUGACAGCGUGCCCUGAUGGUCUUGCCCAAAUAACUUCCGGAAUACAUCAUACACGAAACGGCUUUGAGACAUUAAAGACGCAAAAGACAACCAACUCAAGGUUACGGAGAGAAGAAAGGCGCUUUCUGUUAGACAGUGUGAAUCAUGCACAGUGUGACUUCGAAGUCCAAUCGUUUUGCUCGUGGAGAAACAUACAAGGUGGUCAAGACGACUUUGACUGGGUUCUGUAUCAAUCAUCAACACCCACAGACGACACAGGUCCUAAGUUUGACCACACCUUAAAUAAUGCAACAGGAUCGUACAUCUUCAUCGAAUCAAGUGCUCCGCGUAACACUCUUGAUACAGCUUGGAUCCAAAGUCCAGAGAUCAACGCAACAGUCGAACCUGUCCAUUGCUUUCGGUUCUGGUAUCACAUGUUUGGAUCUUCAAUCGGUAGCCUGAACAUUUACCAAGUGACACAUGGUAUUCUCCCUGGCAACCUGGUAUGGUCUCUUACAGGUGCACAAGGUAGCACAUGGAUGGAAGGACAAGUGCCUCUCAGUUCGAAUCAUAGUUACUCGAUGUUGAUCAGUGGCAUUGUUGGAGACGGUUAUCAAGGAGAUAUUGCCAUCGAUGACGUCAGUGUGUCACCAGGAUACUGUGACGUCAAGCCGUCGAUCGCCUCUAGAACUAACGUCACAAACACUGCUAUCCAGUGCACAUUGUGUAAGGUCAACCCGCAGCUGUGCUUUGUCCUCACUAAGGUGGAGAUGUGCCCUGACUCCUACUGCAUCAAUGAAGUCACAAACAAGGAAGACGGCUCCAAAUGGGUUGACAGAAGAUGUGGCACUUAUGACGAGUGUGAGAACGACUGGUGGCACAGCACAAGUGAUGAUCCAGACUGUCAGGACUACAAACCAGACCAGAACACGAUGAAGGACAUCCACUGUACCUACUGCUGUACCACGGACAACUGUAACAGGGAUAUCAAGCCUGCUCAAGACACCCUCUACACGCAUCCCAAGAAAUAGACAAGCAACUUAUUCGUUUUUCUCGAAUGUUGCUUAUGUUCAUCGUUUGCGUGUUCAUAGCGCAAUAAAAACUAGGCUUGUU